AGCGCUCUCCGCCUGUCUCCUCAGUUGUGGAGCAGUUCAUUGAAACCAGAGCUGCUGAGGCUGCUGCUGCUACCGGGGAGCACCAACCAAGCCGCAGCACCAACCUGGGUGGGAAGCCAGCCUGAGCCAAGGAGGCAGCACCAGCCGAAGGCAAGCCAAGCCGAUCCUUCGGGGGCUGCUGCUACUGCUGCUGCUGCUCUUGGGGGUCUUUGUGGGUCUUCUUCCGCAUGAUCCAAAGGGGACUUGCUCAGCCCAACCCAGCCAGCAACAUGUCAAGAGAGCAGGAGAAAGCCCACAGGGGGGAAUGCAACGGCAGCCACGCCGCCUUGCUCCAAAUCUCCACGCAAGAAGUUGAGAGCCCCUCGGGCAGUUCAAAGGCACCGAAAAUGUGCACCUCCAGACGGAUCCUGCUUCUUGCGCUCACCUUCCUUGCAUACACCAUCGAUUCUGUCUCUUCACAUGGCCCUGCUGAAACUCUCUGUGGUGGAGAAUUAGUGGACACCUUGCAGUUUGUUUGUGGGGACAGAGGUUUUUACUUCAGUCGGCCUGUGGGCAGAAACAGAGGAAGGCUUAACCGUGGCAUUGUGGAGGAGUGCUGCUUCCGGAGUUGUGAUCUUAAUCUGUUGGAAACCUACUGUGCAAAAUCAGUCAAAUCAGAACGGGACCUCUCAUCAACUUCACUUGUUGUCUUACCAGCACUCAACAAGGAUCCCUUUCAAAAACCCUCUCAUGCCAAGUACUCAAAAUAUGACAUAUGGCAGAAAAAGAGUGCCCAGCGUCUGCAGAGAGGAGUCCCCAACAUCCACCGUGCCCACAGAUAUCGAUGGCAGGCUGAGGGACUCCAGGAGUCUGAAGAAUCCAAGAUCCAUCGUCCUUUGAUGGUCCUGCCAACUCAAAAGCCUCUUGUUGUGCAAACCACCUCAGAAACAUCAGUCAGCCAGAAGUGAACUGUGAAGAACAGUCUGCAAAAUGGAUUCUUAAUAUUAUUAUUAAUAUUAAUAUUAUUUUUCUGGUCUCAUGGGAGACCUUUCCCAGUCCUGGCCUUACCCCUUUUCUCUCUCCAAAACCAAGGUAGAGAAGAGGGAGGGCAAGUGCCCUUUCAUACUGAGGAGCAACAGAAAGAGGGCACCGUAACACCAAACAACUGACAUAGAAUGGGAUUACAACAUCGGCGGUGGCAGCAACAGCAGCAGCAUUUCUGUGGCAUUGUCUUUACUAUUUUUGUUAAGAAAAGAUCUUUUGGUUUUCUUCUUUCCCUGCCCAGUAUUUUUUUUUUUUGGCCUUUACUUAAAAAGGACAGUUAAGGCACUUGAACUGUUCAGGCCACUGCCUUUUAGUCCAUAUGCCGACCAAUGAAGACAGAGCAAGAGAAGAUAAAUGACACUGGGAGAAGCCCAAUUUGUGUCUAUAUUGACAAUAAAACUGAAAGGGGUGUGUGACAUCUGAGACUUUUAAAUUCUGGCCUUGUUUCCAUCCCAUUACAUUGUCAAAAAGUCUGAAUUAGUCUACAGUAUGUGUUUUUGAGGGGUUCUUUUUAAAAAUUUCUUUGCACGUUUUUAAAAGCCAGAGAAAGAAAUGAGAAGGCCCACUACCUUAUUUUUAAUUACACAGUUCCAAAUGUACUUGCACCUUUUUAGAAAUCACAGAUGAAGUGAGAGAGAGAGAGUGAACAUAGGUUCACUUUAAUGGAGGAGGCGUAUGCAUUGCACAUUUGCCACAGAUUUAGUUGAAUUAUAUAAAAUAUAUAUUAUAUAUAACUUUUUUGUUUGGCAGAAAAAAGCACUAUUUUUAAUGGGACCAUUUUUGUGUAUGCGUAGUUAACUGAAGAGGGAUUGUAAUGUUUUAAAUGUUGUUAUGGUGCUAAUGUAAGUUGGACGGGGGGGGGGGGGAAUCAAUCCAGAAAAUUACAAGAGGGAGGGGUGGGAAGGACAAGAUCUCGAAUACUGAACUUGAAAAAAUUUUUAGCUUUUCGUUUUAGGAAAGUGUGAUAAGUGUUCUUUUUUUCUCUUCUGAAAUAUAGCUUGGUCAUGACCAUAUGAGCUAAUUGCCUUUCACUCAUAUACAUAAAAUGCACGCACAUGCAGAAACACAAAUACAUCUAUAAGCAUUGUAGAUCAAGAAAUUAUUUGUCUUCCUUACAGCUUUCACUCAGUCUUAACUUCAGAA